AUGGCGCCCCGCAACCGUAGCCCAAAACGACGUCGAAGCAGAAGUCGAAGUGAUCGAAGGAGAAGACCAAAUGAUUCCAAGAUCACUCGGCAGAGGUGCAGCAGCUCCGACGAGGAGAAGAAGGCAGUCCCCGCAGCUGCGCCGUCCACAGUGGCGAAGCCACCCAAGCCACGCGAGGUCGUGACCGUCACGCUGGCCACAAGGCCCUUUGGCAUGGCACCCUCCAAGGAGGCUGCCGCCAGCGGCUAUAUGGUCGAGAAGGUUGCGGAAGACAAGCCAGCUGCACAGGCGGGCAUUGAGCAAGGCUGGACUGUGAAGCAGGUGGCAGGCACGGACUGUCAAGGCAUGGCAUCGGCGGCGGUGCAGGCCUUGCUGAAGGAUGCGGCCUUGCCGGUCGAGGUGCAGUUCGAGAAGCCGGAAUCGGAGACACUGCCAAGCAGUGAGGACGAGAAUGACAUCUUGAAUGUGCGCGCGGAUCAGCGCCGGGGCAAUGAGGCAGCGCUGUCAAACAUUGAUGAUCUGCCCGUUGAUCGGGAGCCUGAAGACUUGCCGGUACCAAUUUGCUCCUGGCGUGAGGCUGUUGACCGAAAGCUGCUGAACGCUUCUCUCGUGCAGAAGUUGCAUGCUGCUGGCCUGAAGCGACCAACGCUGAUACAGCGGCAUGCAAUCCCCAUCAUCGGCCAUGCUGAUCACUGGGACUUAGUCGCGCAAGCGCAAACAGGCUCUGGGAAGACCUUUGCGUUCGUGAUUCCGACGAUUGCUCGCCUCGUUCUGCGCGGCUGCCCUGCGCGGCCUUUCUUCCCAGGGCCGACAGCCCAGGCGUGCCCCGUUGUCCUGGUAUUGUCGCCGACUCGUGAGCUCGCAAUCCAAACAUGCACAGAGAUAGAGGUCCUGACAAAGGGGACAAAGCUGUCGCAGAUGAGCAUCUACGGAGGCGAGACCAUCAAGGAGACAGCCAAGAGAGUCGAGGCGGCACCCAUCGACAUAGUUUGUGCGACACCUGGUCGGCUAAUUGCACUGCUGGAUGAAACAAAGCUAUCUCUCGCCUAUGUUCAGACAGUCAUUUUGGAUGAGGCAGACCAGAUGUUGGAGCAGCGCCUGGAAAUCAUGUGCGCCGACAUCCUUGUGGGACGGGACAUGCCUGCACCGAACUCUGGAAGACAGACGCUGCUCUUCAGCGCGACCAUUCCACAGAAGAUCCGCGACAUGUGCCCGCAGAUUCUGCGCACUGUGCGAACAGGGCAUCUCACCAUUGGUCACUAUGCGGAGGACAAGGGCGGCUCCUGCGAGAGCAUUAAGCAGGUCCUUCGCUGGUCACCAGAUGACAAGCAGCGGAUCGGGGAGCUCAUUCGGGACCUACGCACCUACUGGGAUCGGAAAAAAGGCAGAGUCGUCAUCUUCUCAAACAUGCGCAUUACCGCAGACAGCCUGGCACACCAGCUGCAGCGUGAAAGCAUGACCUGCCGGCACCUACAUGGCAAGCUGGACCAGGAAGUCAGAGAGAAGGUCUUCGAUGGAUUCCGAAGAGGUGAGUUCGACAUCCUGGUCGCAACCAACGUUGCGUCGCGCGGCCUUGACUUCCCUGAUGUUUCCUUGGUCGUCCAGUUCAACCUUCCGGAGGACAUCGACGUGUACACUCAUCGAGUGGGUAGAACUGGACGCAUCGGUCAGGUCGGUCUGGCCCUGGCAUAUAUGGGCCCCAAGGAUAAAAAGAUCGCGACGAAGCUCUUGGAGUUCCUGGAGCUGAACAAACAGGAAGUUCCCGACUUCCUUCGCGAUCUCUCGCUCAGGGUCGAGACACUGCGGCGGGGCCGCUGA